UUUGUAACGGACACACGCAUUUAUAAAAUUCAAAACUAGUCACCGACAACAACUUCUAUAGAGUAAUGUCAAAACGGGCUAGUUUUUGGUGCUUCAGUUGGUCGUCGCUAAUUUUUUUCACAAUUUCAAAGCUUAUGAUCACCAAAAACGUUGUUGUUCUAUCCUAUUAACUAUUAUGAUUGAUAAGAACUGAGCUUGUGUAAAAUAAAAGUGUAAAUCCGGAGCUUAACAUUUAAAGUAGUGGCAGAAAUUCAGCACAAUUAAAUCUGUAUUUUGUGGUGUAGUAGGCAGUGUAUUUCCUUAUGCUGUAAUAUUUCAGCGUUAAAAUAAUUGUAAAAUGGACAUCGAUUUUAGCAAGGAGAAUAUUCAGCCCCUGAGAGGUGGUAGAAACCUUGUUCAAUUGAGUACGGCGUUGCAGGCUCAAUCGGACGCUGAUGCUCAAAAACAGCUGCAAAUACAAAAAGAGGAACAUGAAACUGCUAUUAGAAACUAUCAAGGACCAGAUCCUCUGGAGCCAUGGUUUAAUUAUAUUCAGUGGGUUGAACAGUCUUUCCCAAAGCAUGGACAUGAAGGACACAUUGAUAAAUUAAUUAAAGAUUGCCUUCAAUUAUUUGAAAAUGAUAAGAAAUAUUAUCAAGAUAGAAGAUUUGUUAAGUUGUGGAUUAAAUAUGUGGAUUGUUUAUCAAAUCCCUUGGAAAUAUACCAAAGGCUGUACAGCACAGGAAUAGGUGUUGAAUGUGCAGAAUUUUAUAGAGCCUGGGCUUGUUACUGUGAAGAGUCAAGCGACUAUAAGAAGGCCAAUCAAGUGUACAUGCUGGGCCUUCAAGCUAAAGCACAGCCUUUGGAUGAGUUAGAACAAGCACAUAUGAAUUUUCAACUGUUCUUUGCCCAACGAAUGCUACAUGAUGAUUCUCCAACAAAGAGGAAGGCUGCAUCAGCUCUAGCAGAAACAAGAAUGGCUCUUACUUCACUAAAGUCUUUUAAGAGACGUAAUAUAGCCAGUGCACCAAUACAAAGAGUCGGUGACACAGUCAAAAGUAUAGUGCCUGGUGUAAUUAGGCAACAUGCUGGAAACUUUGACAAUAGAAUGCCUAAUUCUAAUGUUAUGGUUAAUGUAUAUGAGGAUGGGCCCUCUACAUCUCGAGCAUCAAUACCUGUGCCAGAAGAAAAUGAAACUGCUUCUUUGGUGCAGGCGUGUAGUAAUGUGGAAAAUGAAAAGGAAAUUGGUAUUUGGACCAAUUCUAAAACUAAGAUGGUACAUGCUAAUGUUGUACCACACCAGCCUUUACCUUUUACCCCAUAUGAAGAUGAAAGCCAUGUUUUGAGACUGCCUCCGAACCACAUGACAUACUGUACAGAUGAUUUGACAUUAAAUGUGCCUCUUAGUGUACCUGAUCCACCUGAUGCAACUAAAAUAUCUUGUUAUAAUAAAAUACAGGUAUAUGUAGAUAAUACAGAAUAUAGUUUAGAAGAAAUAAGAGCAAGAAAAUACAACUUGAUAUUUAAGCCUAUGGCUGAGGAAAAAAUGGAUACUGCAAAGCUAGAACAAACAUAUAACAAUAUUAACCAAACUUUAGCCCAAUGUAGUGCACUAGAAACCUUAGCCAAUUGUGCUUUAGAUCCUGAACAAGACCACUUAGGACAAUUGAUGCCUUUAACUAUACCUACAUUACAAAAUAUUACCAAAGUAACAAACAUGCACUCUCCUGGUGAACCAAAAGUGUUAGUAAAUUUGGAUUCCAAAGAAUUAAGUGAGCUUUCUAGUAAGAAAAAUGAAGAGAGUAUGAGGCCUUCAAAUGUAGAUAAAGAAAAUCUGAUGCACCAGUAUGCACCUAAUAACUAUAGUGCAGAAAAUGAAGGUGGAAACUAUGGGAAAAAUAAUUUAAUGGAGGAAUUCAACAGAAGUCUUAUGGGUAAUAUACUUGGAGAUUCUGUUACUGUAAACACUAAAGAAGCAAGGUGGGAACUUAGGAAUUUAUUUAAUGACAAUGAACCAACGAUAGUUCAGCCUGUAGUGCAGCAAUUUGAAGUGCCUAAUUUUGAUAUCCACGAGGAUAGGUCUGUGACGAUGGCUAUAAAUAGUAAGAAAAAUUCUGACUUACGUAAUGCAGAAGAUUCACCUCAGGAUAAAGAAAAUGAAAAUAAAUUUACCAUGCCUGUGGCGGUUCCUCAACAGAAUGUAAACAAGACUGCAUACUAUGAAGAACCUUCAUGCACACAAGUUUUCAAUUUCAACAUCAAUGAUGCAAGCACUCCAAACAUGUCUCAGUUUAAGAAACCUAUCAGUGGAAUUGAUCAUUCAAAUAAAUUCAGUGGUGUUCCAAAGUUCAGUAUAGAUGAGAGUGUUAUAGAACAUGGAGAACAAGGACUACAUAAAAGGGAAGAUAAUUCCAGACAGCUACUUACAGAUCAACAUGCUACUGUAGACCACCAAGGAAUUGGGUUAUCUGUCAUUAUGGAAGCAACAAGAGAAUACAACAGUAAGUCUGGGUCGAGUUCUUCGGGCCAGUCAACGCGAACUAAUUUUACUGGCUAUACAACAAACUACGACUCUAUAUAUAAUAAUAAUGAUCCCCAACAGCCUAUGACAUCAAAAAGAAGCUCUAUAUCAACGCAACCUAGGCAUGUAAAUGGACAAUUUGCUAGAGCUCAUUCAAAACGAGAAUUAAUGGAAACGAAACCUACUGUUCAAACGCCGUCCGCAUCAGUGCCUUAUUUGUCUCACGAUCAUCAGUAUCAGAAACCAACGCCUUCAAAUUAUAAUGGUUAUUCUCCACAAACGCAACGGCCUAUGCAUAGCCAUUAUCAACAAAAUUAUGGCUACCAACAAGGUUACGGGAACAAUCAACAGCAACAAGGUUUCGCAAGCCCAAGUCCUAAUCCUUAUAAUAGUCCCCAACAUCCUGGUAUGCAAAGUCCACAUGCUAUGAGUAACAACAUACCACCUGCUUUCCAAAGCCCUACAUAUUCAAACCAAGUAGGAUAUCACAGUCCUGGUCAUGCAAUGAUGAGUCCACAACAUGGUUAUGGCAGCCGUCAAGAUUAUCACUAUCCUAAUCAAACAGACAGGCAACAUGUUUAUGCAAAUCAACAACCUCAACAGUCAGGCGUCUUCCAAAGCCCUCCACAUCAAACGCAGUAUCAAAAUACUCAAUAUUAUCAAAGACCUAAUCAAAUGGCGGUAAAUCAAGGUUACAACCAACAACAGCAGCAGCAUGUUAAUUAUCCUAUGCACAAUCAGUACAAUAAUACAAAUGUGUAUGGUUCACACCCUGCUAAUCAAAGUUAUAAUGCAGUGCAAAAUUCGUAUAGACAGUCACCCAAACAGAUAGUAGAAAAUCAAUCCACUGUUUAUGGAACCAAUAACCAGCCCUUCCAAGUAUAUCAAAGUCCUCAAACAUCACAAAAUAGUUAUCAAAAUUCUAGUAUGUAUAGAACUCACACAUCUCAAGAAGCUCUAGUCAAACAUCAUGAAACUGGGGCAGAUUCAAAUGUUGACAAUAAAUCGCAACCGAAAAUAAAACCUAGCAUAUCGCAAAACAAAAGCCCAACAAAUACUUUGAGAGAUGCUAGACAAGACCAACCUACUCAACCUAAUGCAAAAGUUGGACAAAACUCACCUAAUAUGGGAUUCUCUAAUCAGUUCCUAAACUUUAUUUCAAAUAGAAAUGAACCUAAGGACAAUGCUAAUACUCCUAAAUUUACCAAUAGCCCUAGUAUUUCUCAAAAAAUGCAUAAGAACUUGUAUGUUUCGAGUCCUGAGCAAGCACAAAUCCCACCUUCAUCCGGUAUGUCUGAUUCUGACAGCAAGGAUGGAAUGACUGCACAAACUGCAACACCUAUUCAAUCUGCUAAAGUGACUCAUACAAUUGAAAAACAAAAAGAUAUAUCAAAAAGACAAUUAGAUUUUGAAAAUAGAACUGAUUUCCAAUCUGAAGACAGCAGAGAUUCCAUGAGUAAAGAAAGCAGGAUCUCAAUGGUUUAUUCUAGACAAUCUGAUGGCUAUGGUAUGGAUGUAGAUAGUGAAAAUUCAAUGGAAUGUGGGUCAUUUAAAUCUACCCAUUCCAUAUCAAUGGUUGAAACAAGUGAUUUACCCAGACCUGCAGAUGUUGAUUUUCCAAAAUUAAUUGAUCCUUUUAAUAGAAAACUCUUAGACUCCUUAUUAGAGUAUGUCAAGUUCCCGAACAAAACACAUGCAGAUGGAUAUGUAGAAGUGAGAUCUGUUCCAAAACUUCAAGUUGCCACCACAAUCAGUAUUGGAGGUAACAAAUUCUCUAUUGAGAAACAAUUAGGAAAAGGAAAUUAUGGAGCUGUAUUCCUCUGUCAUGAUCUACAUGCUAAUAGAUCUGCUGCUGUAAAAUAUCAAAAACCCAGCAGACCUUGGGAAUUCUACAUUUGUCAGGAGAUAAAGUCUAGAAUAAAAGAUCCAUUUAUGCUUCCAGGAUACAUGGAUAUCACAACUGCAUUUAUUGGUGAAAACGCAAGCUUAUUUGUAUCAGAAUAUUCAAAAUAUGGGUCUUUAUUAGAUGUUGCCAAUAAAAUUAAAGCUGCCACAACAAAGUGCAUAAAUGAAUUAAUUGUUAUAUUAUUAACAUCUGAAAUGCUAUCAAUCGUUCAUUAUUUACACAAAGCCCAGAUAAUUCAUGCGGAUAUAAAACCUGACAACUUCUUGUUGAUGAAAAUACCGGCUCAGGAAUGGAGAACUCCUUCAUUACAACUAAUAGAUUUAGGUUGUGCAAUAGAUAUGUCACUAUUUCCGGAAGGUACUACAUUUAAAGAGUUAAUUGCAACCGAAGGCUUUACCUGUACGGAAAUGAGAGAAGGCAAACCAUGGACCUACCAAACAGAUCUGUAUUGCUUAGCUGGAACAAUACAUGUAAUUUUGAUGGGGAGCUACAUGAAGGUAGCGAAUCGUCUCGGACAAUGGAACAUAGAUAAAAAACUACCUAGGUACAUGAAGGUUAGUUUGUGGGACAAAAUUUUUACAACCCUUCUAAAUGUUCCUGACUGUAAAAACUUACCUGAUUUAAUGGAUCUCAAAAAUGAAGUCGAUAGCGUAUUACAUGAAGUUGAUAAUCUUGGCUCCCAACUUCGUAAUUUUGCAAAUGUGCUUAAAUCUAGGUAAUUAAGGUAGGGCUCAUACUGUAUUUAUUGCAUUUAGAAAUUAUAUGGCGUUUGUAAGAGUAACAUGUCCUGAAGAUGAAUUAAGAUACAAAUUAUAUCUAAGUUUAUGUGUUCCUGAAGUCUUUCAUCAGGUUGACCUGGUUGUCUAAUAAAAGCAAUGAGUAUUAUAUUAAUAUAAUGACUGUCUUUUCGGGCACUUAACUAUACAAGCCUUGUUGUUUAGCGAAAUGUGAUAUUGUGAACUUAUAGGUUUUUUUUCUGUUAAAAUAAAACAUGCUUAGAUUAACUUGUUAGCGUAACUAAUAAAAUGUUGAAAUAUUAGUUAGGUUUCGUUUAUUUUUGUACAACCUAUAAAACUUGCACAUUUCACAUUUCUUGUUCGAGUUGUAAAGGAAAUAAAAGCUACAUGGUUGAUAAAA